UACAUUGUGUCAUUCGUCGGCUGGUCGUCGCGUGACUGUCUUCAAUUGACGCCCGACAUGAGACGGGAGGCGGCCGUCACUGCUCUGCUGAUCGGAGCCCUCUUAUCAGGUUGUCUGGCUCAGCGGUCAAUUUCGCAGGCGCUGUUUUUGGGCAACGUGACAAAUGCGACGCGGGACGACUGCGUCUGGCGCCGCGGGGGCGGCAGGGACGCAUGCCCAGAUCCAGACGUACGUUUCUACUUCUACUCGAGCGCGGAGCCGGCCAUUAGGAAGACGGUGAACUUGGCGGCACGUGACUGGCUAAGGACCAAUGGCUGGAAUAGUGACCAUGACACUGUCGUGCUCAUCCACGGGUACGGUGGGAAGGACGGCUCUUUCCCCAUGGUCAUUCUGCGGGACGCGUACCUGUCCAACGGCACAUACAACGUCUUCACCGUCGACUGGGGCCCCCUCUGCCGGCCACCCUGCUAUGCUGCAGCCGUGCACAACAUGAAACCGGUGGCACGAUGUCUCUCUCAGCUGUUCACAUUCCUGAGGAGCAGUGGAGUACAGCUGCAUAGAACGACAUGCGUUGGCCACAGUCUAGGGGCGCACGUGUGUGGCCUGGUGUCGCUGACACUGCUCUUCAGAAUGCAUAGGAUCAUAGGUCUGGAUCCGGCGCGCCCGCUUAUAAGGGGCCCCAACAGACUGAGGAAUGUGGACGCUAAUGUGGUGCAGGUGAUCCACACAAAUGCGGGGGUGUUCGGCGAGGAUGGCCCCAUGGGAGUCAUCGACUUCUGUGUGAACGGGGGCAGAGAGCAGCCCUCCUGCAAGAACAAGACCCACGCGGCGCUCUGCAGCCAUGUGACAGCCGUGUGCUACAUGGCGGAGAGCAUCAACACCGAGACUGCUCGCGUCGCUGAAACCUGCAGCACUAGACGUUGUCCCAGUGGUUCCCGCCGCCGUCCAGGUGCAUACUAUUGGAUUGGUGGACCUGUUAUUAUGGGCCAGCAUACCCCAGACAGUGCUGCUGGAAUUUUCUGUGUGGCUAACAUGGAUGAGCCAUAUUGCCCUGGAACACGCAGUGCCUCUGGAGACAUCAGAUGCUGCAAAAAUUCAACAUAA